AUUGCAGAUUUUGGCAUGUCAAAAUGGCGUGUCAUAUCCAUGUCACAAUCACGCAGUGAAACCUCUUUACCAGAAGGAGGGACAAUUAUCUACAUGCCACCUGAAGAUUAUAAUCCCAGUCAGAAAACCCGUGCAAGUGUAAAACACGAUAUCUACAGUUAUGCAAUUAUUAUGUGGGAAGUGAUGUCAAGGAAACAGCCAUUUGAAGAAGUUAUAAACCCCUUGCAGAUAAUGUAUAGUGUGUCACAAGGACAGCGGCUAGACUUAAGUGCAGAAAGUUUAUCAAUGGGCAUUCCUCAUCGAGUGAUCAUCGUAAGAUUGAUAGAAAGUGGAUGGGCACAAAAUCCAGAUGAAAGACCAUCGUUCUUAAAAUGUUUAAUAGACCUUGAGCCAGUGCUGCGAACAUUUGAUGAAAUAGCUAUGCUGGAAGCAGUAAUUCUAUUAAAGAGAUCAAAGUCACUAUAUGAAUCACAAUCUAUUUACAAGAGUGGAAAGCAAGCAGAUACGGAGCAGAUAUCACUAAAUAUACCUGUGAAUACCCACGAGGAAACAUAUUCUGGCUCCAUACAGUGUGAUGCACUUCCCCUUCGGAGCAUCUCUCCAGAUAUAUCAAGACUCAAGUCUGUUCCCAAGUGUAAUAUCUUCUCAUCAGGCACCAGUGGUGUGAAAGCAGACCAGACGGUCGACUUCACUGCUAUAAAGUGGGGCAUCAAAAAGCAUGCUGAGGUGCUGCAAAACUGGAGAUACUCUGAUGGAAAUUCUGGGGGUCUACAAUCUCUCAGCUGUCAGAGCACGGAUGAAAAUAUCUCUGUAACUCAGAGCGCCAGACUUCUUGUGCAUCCAUACAGUUGUUUUCCCUCAUCUGACAAGAGUAAUUCAGAUGCCUCAAAUUCUGCACCAUGUAUGCUGCGGUCGUCACCAAUUCCUUCAGAUUUUGUUUUGGAAACUGUACAACAGAACAUAGCUCAUCAAUGGAUCCAAAGCAAAAGAGAAGAAAUUAUUGAUCAGAUGACUGAAGCAUGUUUGAAUCAGUCACUGGAUGCUCUUCUAUCAAGAUUUUUACUCAUGAAAGAAGACUAUGAACUUAUAAGCACAAAACCUACAAGGACAUCGAAAGUACGACAACUGCUUGAUACCUCAGAUAGCCAAGGAGAGGAAUUUGCCAGAAUUAUAAUACAGAAGUUGAAAGAUAACAAACAGCUAGGACUUCAACCUUACCCAGAUAUUGUGCCAAAUUCUCUAAGACUGCAUCUUUAA